ACCCUCAUGAUGGGCACACCUCUUCUCUGGAUCUAGCCGGGCCGGAGACAGUCACCCCACCCACUUGGGUUGCCCAGCAGCACUCUCGGUACUAACCCACAUGAACGCGAGCUAGGUACCCCAAGAAACCUUGCCCUAGAGUACCCGCAGGAGUUCUUGUCAUUUUUUGCUGAAGCCUCUGGCCUAUAUGUUUCCACCAAUCGUAGGCAUUUGCCCCUCCCUUCUUUCUUUUUAGGAAGGCGCUGGGGUUUGCAGCAGUAACGGAGGCGGUAAAAGGGAUCCCCUGGCAGUAUCUUCUCAUAGGCUCCUGUCUUGAAGGAAUCCUUCUCCGCCUCAACUUUGUAUUCAAGUAGUGCUUUGGGGGUUGGGUUGGUUUUCUUAGCCCUUAGCCCAGCACUCUCCUCUAGGGUGUGUGAAGUUCAGAGGAUGGGUGGAGAGUGGGUUUGGCCGGAACUGAACUGGUGGAGGUGAAAGGAGAACGGAGGAUCUUCAGCCUUGGCCACUUGGGCCCAGGGAACCCACUUUAUUUUUAGCCGAGGAAAAGAUCUGCAUUGGCAGCAGUGGGAAGAUUCUUUUUAGGAAGUCGGUUUUGCUGGCUCCCCAAUUUGAGGUUGGAUGCUUGAGAGCUUUGUUUCCCUUGUUUCGAGGGUGGCCCAGCUGGUUCUGAACCGACUCUGGCCCUCCUCCUCAUUUUCUAGCCGGGAGAAAAAGGGGAGGGGGGGGGGCGAGAAAGAGAAGGCGAGAGCGAGUCUCCUGGCGUGCUGUCAGACAGGGGCGGGUGUGAAGGAAACAGCAGUCUUGCGAACGGAUCAGGAGUAUGAGCCUCCCGGGGGACCGCAGGAUCUCCGGACACUUCAGGAGUCCCCAGCUAGUGACAUGGGCGCAGUUCCGGCAUUUCUUAUAAGUCAGAGGCUGAAAGUGAAUGAUAUCUGCUCAAGAUCCUCCAGAACAAUUGAUAUGGAUCAACUCAUAAACAACUUGGAGGUCCAACUUAAUUCAGAAACUGGAUCAAUGCAUGUAUUCAAACAGGUCACUGGCUCUGUUCAAAUUAGAGAUUCCCUUAAGACAACAGGCAGAGGUGAUAUGACAUCUCCACCACUCCUAGAUAUCAAUCCCAUGGAGAAUCCAGCACUGUUAAAUGACAUCAAGAUUGAGCCCCCAGAAGAACUUCUGGCUAAUGAUUUCAACCUGCCCCAGGUGGAACCAGUUGACCUCUCCUUUCACAAGCCAAAGGCUCCUCUUCAGCCUGCCAGUAUGCUGCAAGCUCCAAUACGUCCUCCAAAGCCAGAAUCUGUUUCCCAGACCCUUGUAGAGUCUACUUCAACAUCCAACACAGGCACUUCAGCAAACAUCCCUACCGUUCUGACUUCAGGCUCUAUCCUGGCCUCCUCUCAGGGCACUGGUGGCCAGCAGAUCUUACAUGUGAUUCACACUAUCCCCUCAGUCAGUCUGCCAAAUAAGAUGAGUGGCCUGAAAGCCAUCCCGGUGGUGGUGCAGUCACUGCCUAUGGUAUAUACUACUUUGCCUGCAGAUGGGGGCCCUGCUGCCAUUACAGUCCCACUUAUUGGAGGAGAUGGAAAAAAUGCUGGAUCAGUGAAAGUUGACCCCACCUCCAUGUCUCCACUGGAGAUCCCAAGUGACAGUGAGGAGAAUGCAAUUGAGAGUGGAUCCUCAGCCUUACAGGGUAUUCAGGGACUACAGCAAGAACCAGCAGUAAUGACCCAAAUGCAGGGAGAAGAGUCCCUUGACUUGAAGAGAAGACGGAUUCACCAAUGUGACUUUGCAGGAUGCAGCAAAGUGUACACCAAAAGUUCUCACCUGAAAGCCCACCGCAGAAUUCAUACAGGAGAAAAGCCUUAUAAAUGCACCUGGGAUGGCUGCUCCUGGAAAUUUGCUCGCUCAGAUGAGCUCACCCGCCAUUUCCGCAAGCACACAGGCAUCAAGCCCUUCCGGUGCGCAGACUGCAACCGUAGCUUUUCUCGCUCUGACCACCUGUCUCUGCACCGCCGGCGCCAUGACACCAUGUGAGCGGCACAGACUGCUCUAGAAGUGCUGCACUGGUCUCUUUCGUGUGUGUGUGUGUGUGUACGUGUGCGCGUGUGCCUGCACACUGAGGUCAUAACCAUCUUUUUGUCUUUGACUUCAGCUAGCCUUUGGGAUGGGAUUGGAACAGCUCACUGAGCCAGGCUGAUGAGACUGGAGAGGAUAGCUGAUUUCCCACAGGGACUCUUUAUAUUACCCCUUCAUUUCUCCAAAGUCCAGUCCCCAAUUUUUUUCAACCUCCGCAUGGGUUGGAUUCCAGUGCAGCUCCCAUGGUUGCCCCACCCUACCCCUACCCCUGUUAAGAGAUAGGACAUUUUUCCUACAAUAACAAAACAGGAAUCAAAUUCAAGGCUGUGAACAAACAUAUGCUGCUUUUUUUCUUAUUUUUCUCUUGUUUUCUAGAAUUCUUAUCCAUAUUUCUUUUGAAUCAGUAUAUCAAAGUGGUUGGUGGUGUCCCAAAAUGACUUUUUUCAAGUUUUUAGACAAAAGAGAGCAUAACAUUGUAGUUGGUUGGUAAGAUUUACAGGUAUUUGAGUUGAGUAUAGGGCACAUUCUCCAUGAAUAGGCUGAAUCCCAUACUGAACUCAAAGGUUUUGUAAAUCCAAUCCUACUUGUUCUUACAGUUUAAUUUUCAGGCGGUGCUUCUGCUUCUUAAGUCCAUCAAAAGGAAUGAAAGGAUCUUCUUGUCUUUCUCCUUUUCGUCCCCUUCUUCCUCUUCCUCCUUCAGGAUUAAAGAUUUUGCUGCACAA